AUGGUGGAGGCGAUGGCGCACAAAUGCGACAAAAGGGAUGGUUACGAGACUCGAAACCCUAUUCAAGAUAUGAAAUCCAUCAGUUCACAGAUGGUAGAUCCCCAGUUCACUGAACUUCUCUUCAAGUUCAACUUUGUAGUAUCUAAUACUGAGUCCCUCCUGCAUGCAUGUGAGCAAUACAAGAGAUCGUUAAGGUAUUUCUUCACGGAAUCCAUCAAGAUGUUAGAGAUAUUCCACCAAGUCCUUGAUGAAAGGGAUAUGAUAUCACCAUCAUCUCCCAUUAAUUCCCCCCAUACAAAUCCAAAUUUUCCAGAAAGCCUAAUUCAGGUCCCACAGCCAUCGCCACCACUCCGCGAAUGGGGGAGGACUUCGGAGGAUGAUUAUUGUUCGAUUCCGAAUAUUGGCAGAUUGCAAAGGCAGAUGAUAGUUAUAGUCCGUAGGGCAGAACAAGAUCUAUUAUUUUUUGAAAAAAGUGUUCAGGGCCCCCUUGCGCAUUUAAUCAUAAUAAGUCGUAAUGUCAGCCGUACCAUAUCAAGAAGGGGCAUCGCUAAUGCAGAGUGCGGGCAAUUGGCAACAAAACAUCAUGAUUUGCUUCGCAAUAGUGCUUUGGGCAAAAGGAAUGUCAAACGACAACAGGAAGAGGCAUCAGUGAUUAAAAAGUUACAAAUCUCCCUAGAGAAAUUCGAUGCCCUCAACGAAUUGUGCAAGGACGGACUUGCCAAAUUUUUGAACUUGUCGAAUCAAUUGCUCGACGGAUGGUUUCACAAUUACUACUACACAAAUUUGAGGAUAUCAUACGCAUUGCACCACUUCAGUUGGAAUGUACCAGAAUUCCGUAAAAUUGGCAUUGCCAAUUCUUCUAGUAGUGGGGGUCAUACCACAAAUGUUGAUCAGUUGACAGCAGUUAUUCUUUCUACCUCUGGCAUAUGUCAAGAUUUCCACGCAGCUUAUGAUGUAAUCUCAAAGCAAGUAGCCUCGUUGGUUCACGGACUGGAUAAGUAG